UGCACGGUCCGAUGGCACUGCAUUCCACCACCCUUUUGCCAGGAUCCAGUGCCAAGAAAGGCAUUCCCGUAAUUUCACCAACUUACCUCUGUCACUCGAAGAAAGCCUUCGACAGCUCCUCCCGCUAGAUGGUUGAAACCCUCCCUCGAACCACGCCCAUGGACCAGCGCAACGGAAACGGCCAGGCCGCCGCUCCCGCCCUCUCCAAGAACGCACGCAAGAAGCUCCUGAAGCAGCAGCGAUUAGAGGCCAGAAAGGCCGAGCGGAAGGCGGCGGAGAAGGAGCGGAAGCGACAGGAGGCGGAGCGGCGGCGCAGGGAAUGGGAGGAGAAGCUCGCCGCCGCGGCGUCGGAGGAGGAGCGGGCGAGGCUGAUCGAAUCGAGGCGGGAGACGAGGAGGGAGCGGAUGGAGAAGCGGUCGGAGGAGCGGGAGAUGAAGAUCGGGCGGCUGAGGAGGGCGGCCGAGCUGGGGCAGAAGGUGGUGGUGGAUCUCGAGUUCGCUCAUCUCAUGACCCCCAACGAAAUCCACAGCCUCGUGCAACAGUGAAUGGAAGAUGUGCAUCACCAGCUCAUCUCUGGUUGACAGGAUGCAGAGGAGAAAUCGAAACCCAGUUACAAAGGCUCCCAGGAUUUGAUAAAUGGAUCAUUGAAAAAGAGAGCAGACCUUAUAUUGAAGCUUUGCAAGAUAAUAAAGAGAAUCUUGUCUAUCUCACUGCUGAUGCAGAAACCAUACUUGACGAACUUGAUCCAAAGAAAAUUUAUAUUAUUGGUGGGUUAGUUGAUCGGAAUCGAUGGAAAGGGAUAACGAUGAAGAAAGCAAAUGACCAAGGAAUUCAGUCUGCAAGACUGCCAAUUGCAAAUUACCUAAGGAUGUCAAGCUCGCAGGUUCUUACUGUUAACCAAGUGGUUGAAAUACUGCUUACAUUCCUGGAAACAAGAGAUUGGAAAAGUGCAUUCUUUCAGGUAAUUCCUCCCAGAAAAAGAGGUGAAGCUGAAGCUGAAGAAGUUAUCGAAGAUGAAAAAACCAUAGAUGAUGCAGAUAUAGUAAGAGUUGAAGAUGAAGUUGAAGGAGAAGAUGUAGAUGAUGAAGAUAUUAGGGUCCAGAAAAGGCAAUGUAUUGGUGAAUCUGGAACUGAAGGAAUUGAAGAUGAGAAUGCUGAAGACUCUGUAAGAACUGUGGCUGCAAGUGUAGAUGAAGCAGUGAAUUUUGAAGGCAAUAUGCAUACCAAAGAAGCCACCGAUGGUUUGAGAGAGUAAUGAAAUGUUUCAAGACCUAAGGAAUUUGCAUAAGCCUAAAUCGUAUUUGAUUGAGGUUCGGGUCUUUGAUGAAAAAAUACGUAGCUGAGUGUUUUAACAAGCAUGAUUGGAUAUCAUGUUUCAAAGUGGUAUGGUUAGAGAACUAGAAAAAAGGGAAAUAUCUAACUCACUGAGUUAAUUUGUUUUUUGUUAUUUCGUUCUAGUUGGAAUCUUUGAUCCGUUCUUUUCAACUGGACUUGUGACCAAUAUUAGUGGUACCUUGAUUUGCUUUUGUUUGAUCAAAAUGUAUAAACUGUUGAAUGCCAGCGUGCAGAGACUUAAAACAAUAUCCUUUAUUAUUGGAGUUGAGAUCAAUAUGCCUUUUUUGUAGAA